CAGUUUUCAGCUGUUGAACACAACUUUUUUUUGAGAGUCUCUCGCUGACGUUGAGCCCGCUGUGCGAAUAUAAAAACCGCGAUUUCAAAUCGAAUACACUUCCCCCCUCAGAAAAGUUUCAAAGCGUAAAAUACAAAAAAAAACCAAAGCUUAUUUGAGACACCUUGACUUGUAAUGUCGAUGAACCGUGCGUAUACCAAAAAGUGUCGCGCCCAGAACAACCAUAAGAGUCAAAAGUCGCAGUGAAGUCGUGGUCGAGUAAAGAAGCAGCAGAAGAUCAUCUCCAGAAUUAUCCAGCUAGAGAGUGCAGACAAUUCGAUGAACCGUCAGCUUGACAUUCGCUACGUCGAAUAACCCACGAAACAAACUCGUAAAUUCAAUACAAUUGGUACCGACCAGAUCAUAAACUGGCAAUCAAUUGUUGCAGCCAGCAAGUCGAAGAAGUUGCCAAGAUUCCACCUCAAUUAAGCUGCCAGGCUACCAAGACGGCAUCCCUCGCCGGUCCUAUGUCAGUGCUAAGACAAUUACUGCUCAACAAUUUCAAUCAGAAAGCGCAAUCGAGAUCGCCACACAACUUAGAGCUGCUCAACACGUUCAUAACAUAA